GCAGAGCGGAACGGCCUCUGGUGACAUUUUCUUGGGGCGGCGCGGACGACUGAAGGGAAUUGGUGUUGGAGGCUGCGGAGGCGGCGAGCUCUCCUCGGCCCCGCUGCGGGGGCUCCAGCCGCGCUCCUCUGCUCGCCGCCGGGAGUCGUCUGAGGAGAAGGGGGCGGCGGAGCCGCCGCGGCCCGAGUCUGCGGCCCGUCAGCGCCGCCCGGGGUGGGCGCGUGCCCCGACGGGGCGCGCGGGGCCGGCGAAGAGGCGCGGACGACGGGGCGCAGGCUGCUUUCCUGUUGCGUCUUUGAUAUCGUUUCCUAGACUCUGUUCCAUGAUUUAACUUGGAAUUCUGAGAUGAAGAUGGAGGAGGCAGUGGGAAAAGUUGAAGAACUCAUUGAGUCUGCGGCCCCACCAAAAGCAUCUGAAGAAGAGACAGCCAAGGAAGAAGAUGGCUCUGUAGAACUGGAAUCCCAAGUUCCAAAAGAUGGUGUAGCUGACUCUACAGUUCUCUCUUCAAUGCCUUGUUUGUUGAUGGAACUGAGAAGGGACUCUUCAGAGUCUCAGUUAGCAUCCACAGAGAGUGACAAGCCCACAACCGGCCGAGUUUAUGAGAGUGACUCCUCUAAUCAUUGCAUGCUUUCCCCUUCCUCUAGUGGCCACUUGGCUGAUUCAGAUACAUUGUCUUCUGUUGAAGAGAAUGAACCCUCGCAAGCAGAAACAACAGUGGAAGGAGAUACUUCAGGAGUGUCUGGUGCCACUGUUGGACGAAAGUCUAGGCGGUCCCGUUCUGAAAGUGAAACAUCUACUAUGGCUGCCAAGAAAAACCGGCAAUCCAGCGAUAAGCAGAAUGGCCGAGUCACCAAGGUUAAAGGUCAUCGGAGCCAAAAGCACAAGGAGAGGAUCAGACUACUGAGGCAGAAACGGGAGGCUGCUGCAAGGAAGAAGUACAACCUGCUGCAGGACAGUAGUACCAGUGAUAGUGACCUGACUUGUGACUCAAGCACGAGUUCCUCAGAUGAUGAUGAAGAGGUUUCAGGGAGCAGCAAGACAAUCACUGCAGAGAUACCAGAUGGACCUCCAGUUGUAGCUCAUUAUGAUAUGUCUGACACCAGCUCUGACCCAGAAGUGAUAAAUGUGGACAAUUUAUUGGCGGCUGCAGUAGUUCAAGAGCACAGUAAUUCAGUAGGCGGCCAGAACACAGGAGCUACCUGGAGGACCAGCGAGCUUCUAGAGGCAGGUCAUUUGGAUCCAGGAUUCCUAGCAAGUGACAAAACAUCUGUUGGCAGUGCACCACUUAAUGAAGAAAUUAAUAUCGCCUCUUCAGAUAGCGAAGUGGAGAUUGUGGGUGUUCAGGAGCAUGCAAGGUGUGCUCACCCCCGAGGAGGAGUGAUUCAGAGGGUUUCUUCCUGGAAGCAUGGCUCUGGCCCGCAGUAUGUUGGCUCCCGGCCAGCACAGUCAUGGACUGCUGUGACCCCUCAGCAGACGUGGGCUUCACCAGCAGAGGUCGUCGACCUUACCUUGGAUGAGGAUAGCAGACGCAAAUACCUACUGUAAUGCGGUGUCACUGUCCCUCUGCACUGUUCCUUCCGGCGCCUCUCUGUGACAUGGAAGUUCAUUUCCUAGCUUCAGCUUCCGAAGCUCUGUGUGGCAUUUGUGGGAUGAAAAUUCAUGGUAACUCCCCCCUUUUAUUAAAAUAAUUCACUUAGGAAAAUAACUUAGCACAGAGAAAUAAUUUUUUCUUUUCCUCAACAAGAAUAUGAGAAUGGUGGAUUUUAUUAGACAGCUUCAUUUUGCUUGGUGACCUACCUUAAAGUCACUCUCCAUUUAGAAUAAUAUUUUACUUACUAGGCAAAAUGGAUUUCAGGUUUUGAGUCUUAUAUUUAUUUUUCUGUAUAAUGAAAUUAAUAUCUAGCUGUGACCACUCUCUGUCUGCGUCACUGUCACUCCUGGUCUUGGGCAUUUGCACACUUAUCAGUCAGGACCUCAUUGGCACCUGGUAGGGCAUGUGCAUUUAGAAAACCCUUCCUUAGGUAUGGAAGACAGAAGUAUUAUAAAAUAUAUUUUUCCUUUAGCUUACUUCUUCUGCCUUCUUUCCUGACACAGCUCUUUGUCUGUUUGCCAUAACACAAAUAUUUGAAAUGCCCCCUUUUAUUUCCAAAUACUAUUAAGGGGACUCAGUUGGUCUCUUUGUUGCAAUAAUUCACAAUUCUUUGAGAAUUUCUGGAUAUCUGAGGACUGCAUUGAGAGAUCAGUGGGAAAUCUAUCUCUCAACUUUUUCCUCCUGGUUUAUUCAAACAGUAAGCAGACAUGGAAACCUGUUCCUGGAGUAGGGCAACUGGAAAAGGCCGGGCGGCACCCAAGUCUGUAGGCACUUGCAGAUCUGAGUGCACGGUGCCUUGCCUCGUGCCUGCAUGCUCCAUAGAGGGUGUGACCCGAUUACCUGGACUGGGGCUGGGUUUGGGUAGUUUUCUUCUCUGCCUUCUAAAUAUAUGUAUACAAGAGAAAUCAAAGUAUACCAUAAGAACUCAGAUGCAAAGCACAUUGAUAGUACUGUUAAGUCUUAACAGUACUUAAAGCAAUUAGUAAAGGGUAAUAGAAACUUCAGGGACUUUUAGGAAAUGCCAGCAGAGGAAUUUUGUGGCAUCAGUUACUACCUUUUUUCCUAUAAUGUUGUAGUUACUAGUGAAGAACUUUUAAAAAGCAAUACCUAGAAUUAGAACACUAUGUGUUGUGCACAGGGGGAGUGAAGUAAUAUUGGCUCAGAAAACAUCACAUGUUUCUGUUUUUGUUUUCAUGCGGUGUUGCUGUGUCCUUUUGCCUUCCCUCCUCAAAUACCUUGGUGACUCUUCCUCAUUACAGGAUGAGACCCACCACUUUCAUUCAGUGCACACACAUUGACCAAGGACCUACUCUGUACAAAGCACUGUGCAGGGUGGAUGUUUGGAGUCCCUGAGAAGAAUGAGACACAGCCUGCCUGCAUGCUCCUGCAUGGGUCUGCCUGGCUCCAUCUGCCUGGCUUUUCUGUUUUCUUACAUGAAGACAGGUUUAUUCAUUAUUCUCCCGGUUACUUCAGUUCUCGUAUAGACUCCUGUAGGGAUGCAUUUCAGCAUGUGCUCGAUGAUGUAGUCUGGCUGAUGUCUUCUGGUGGUAUCUCAUUUGACCUGCCCUCUGCUCACCACUUUCUCAUCUUCUCUUCAGUCUGCUACUGUCCUACUAACCAGGCUUUAAAACCAUGGAUCUCCAGUUACAGUACAUCAUUGCUCACUCUCCUAGAUAGAAACCAAAGACCCAGAGGCCAGAGCAAAACAGAGCUUCUAAAAUUCACUGCUGGUAUAUCUUUGGACUUUCACAUCUUGCUUUAGAAUUAAUUUAUUGAGUUUUACUGUUACACAUUUUUUUUUUUUUUACUUGAAUUAAAAUACUCAACAAAGGAGAAACGUAAUUUCUGGUCUAUGUUUUCCAGAAAAUCAUUGGUAAGAGAAUACAGUGGAGGGCAUGACUUGAAGUUUUUGCAGCUUAUAUCUAUCUACCCCAGUAUCGGGGCACAGCCCCAUUUUAAAGAAUGUUUUUGCAUUACUUAUUUUCAUGUUAAUAAUGUUCUGUUCAAGUCUACACAACAGAUGGUUUCCCUGACAUUUUCUUUAGUCUUUUUAGCCAUCCCCUGUUUUGGGUGUGCUUUAGACUGGGAUAGAGGGGAGUUGCAGCCAGGCUCUUUUCUGGCCCUUUAUCUUAGGUUGCACACAGAUGCUCCUGGUAUCUGACCCUGACUACUUGACUUGGUGCAUCAGAACGAGAGUUAGACAUUAAUAUGCAAGUGAAGGGAAGCUUGGGGCAGUCUGCACUCUCUAGCAAGAAUGGGACUUUCCCACUUCCCGUCUCAUAACCAAUUACGGGGGCAGUUGAACACUUCUGCUAUUGCUACAUCCAGGAGAGUGGAAAUGUGAUUUCUGGCAAGGUAUUAGUCAAAUUCUGUGACAUACAACUCUCAUACAUUGGAAAUCUCUUUAAAAGUUAUUGUUUCCUAAUCAGACUUUUACAUUGGUACCAUGAGUUCUUUAUGCUUUGCCAAGACAUUGUUUGAGGGAUACAGUGGGAUCAUAGAUUGGUUUAUGCCACAAAUGUGAUUAAUUCCCUUCCCCUCCACUUUGAAGAACCAGAAGCAGAAACCUGGCAGUUUGUCACUGGCUGCUCUAUAGUGCAGCUACAGAGCAGUGGUUCUCAACCUGUGGGUCAUGACCCCUUUGGGGUAGGGUGAACCGGUUGCAGUGUUGGGAAGGCUGAGCACCACUGAUGUAGACUAACUGGAUGUCGUCAGUGCUGAGAGAUCAGCCCUAGCAUGCGCUUGUCAGCACAGUUCUGAGCAUGACCUGCCUGGUUUGCUAGUUCAGUCAUUUGUUCACCUACUGUUAGCAAAUUAGCACCACGAGGAAUUUAAGACAGAUGUUGCCUGCUUCUUUUGUACUGUGUCACAGGCUUGCAAAAGCCUGGGACACAAUUUAGUUUUAGUUUUGACUUUUUUUUUUUUUAAAGGCAAAGAGCCGAGCCCCAAUUCCUGUUCUCCUGUAUGUGUGUGAUGUGACUUCCAUGUGUAUAUAAAACUAUUGCACCCUAACCAAACUUCCUCAGACUGUGCACUGUUUAAAAUAAUCACGUAUUUUAGUUCAAUGCUGUUGUAUUUUUUUCUUUUUAUUUAAAACACUACUUAUUCUUUAACAAAUUUCAAAGGGUAGUAAUCUUAAAAAAAAAUCACUGGAAACUAGGAAAUGUUUUUGUUGUUGCUUUGUUCUUUAAAGAGUGCAAAGGUCACGGAAUCUUUUGCUCUUCUUACCUUGAACAUGAAUUGUCAGCCAUUGUGUGGCUAGGAACCAGUGCACUUGGCGUUCACAGAUCUGCUGUUGCUGGGACUGAGUGUGGACUUGAUGCAGUGACGACAAAUCAUUGCGUAGAUGGAAUGUUUUCCAAAUGUGCAACUCAAGUUUGUAAAAUGAAUUUGGUUCUUUACAUCAUUAUUUAGGUUUUGUUUCCAUUUAGUAUUUAAUGGUCUUUGGAGAAAAAAAUAAACAGAGUGUUAUAUAUAUAUUUUUUGGUGCAAGAUAAGAUUUUGUUUUUUGAAAUAAGUCUGUAGCAUAAAGGUUAAACUAUUUUAAGAUAAAAUAAAAAUAGAGUGUAUUUAAACAAUGA